AUGAAGAAGGCGGCGUGGCGCAAGUUCAAAGACUACCUCAAGUCGCUUUCUGAAGGCCAGAAGACCGACGGUAAACUGGAGAUCGCCGCUGACACCACCAGCUACUUUAUCUUCAACCUCUCCGUCGGUACGUCAUCCCCGCAGAACAUAUCCGGGAUCCUGGACAUCACCACCCCGCUUGUGUGGUCGCAGUGCGCGCCUUGCACCGCCUGCCUGCCGCCGCCAGCGCCGACCUUCCGGCCCAAUCUGUUGCCCACCUUCGCGGGGCUACCUUGCGCCAGCCAGACUUGCCAGCGCAUGCUCAAUCAGACAUGCGCCGCUGAUGCCUGCGGGUACAUUGGCGUCUACGGCGACGACACCAACACGACCGGCUACCUCGCCACCGACACGUUCACGUUCGAUAAUGUCUCCGUCCCCAUGGUCUUUGGCUGCAGCGGCGCGAGCACCGGCGAAUUCUCCGAUGCAUCCGGAAUCUUUGGCUUCAGCAGGCGCCCCCUGUCCCUGGUGUCGCAGCUCGAGCUCUCCUGGUUCUCCUACUUGUGGGCGUCUGACGACUCCAGCGACGACAGCUUCAUCAAAUUCGGAGUGAUAACGCAACGCGGAUGA